UUGUGAGAAGUUGUGUAUUAACCGUCAUCGUGCUGCAGAGUUUUCAUAUUGAAAAAAAUGGAAGAACCACCAACCGCGCCCCUGGGAUGCUGCUCCCGGACGGGCAGAUUCUUUUUCGCCUAUUGGCGGGCGAUAGUGCUGGUGAUCACACCUAUGAUUGCAGCUUGCGUAUUUUUCGUCGACACAAACCCAGCCUUCAGGUGCUUGUUCACUGUGAUUAUAAUGGCGAUCUACUGGGUUACCGAGGCGCUUCCACUGCCCAUUACAUCCAUACUGCCAGUGAUAAUGUUCCCGCUGCUGGGCGUCCUGGAAUCCGACAAGACCUGCAUGAUGUUUAUGAGGGACACGUUGGUUAUGUUCCUGGGGGGUAUUAUUCUGGCGCUUGCGAUCGAGUUCAGCAAUAUGCAUAAGAGGAUUGCCCUGAAGGUGAUCUCGUUGAUUGGAUGCAGUCAUCGGAAGUUGAAUUUUGGACUGAUGGGGGUCACGAUGUUCGUGUCGAUGUUUAUCUCCAAUACGGCUGCCACGGCUAUGAUGUGUCCGAUAAUAAAAGCCAUCCUGGAGGAGUUGGAGCAGCAAGGAUUAUGCAAGAUGCAUCUCGAACCGGUUCCUUCGGGAAAACCAGAAGGCGCGACGGGGGCUGAGGAACCAAAGUUACCGAGUAAAGUAACCGUGUGCUACUACACAGGAGUGGCAUUCGCAGCCAACAUUGGUGGUUGCGGAACACUGCUGGGAUCCGGUACAAAUCUAACCUACAAAGGAAUCUACGAGAGCCGAUUCCCCGACGGAAAUCAAGUGGACUUUCCCGGAUUCAUGGCAUUCAACGUGCCGGGGAUGCUAGUGUCGACGCUUCUCGUGUACAUAUAUCUUCAGGUAGUUCUGAUGGGUUUGUAUAGACCCAAAAGCGCAGCAGCAGCUGACGCUACAAUGAGCCCAGAGGGGGAGCAAACAGCACGCCGAGUGCUGAUGGCUCGACUAGAGGAGUUGGGUCCGAUGACGAGCCACGAAAUCGGCGUUGCCGUGCUGUUCGUGUUUUCGAUAUUUCUCUAUUUUACCAGACAACCAGGCUUCAUGAAGGGAUGGGCGGACGUUUUGUCGACUGUGAGGAUCCAAGAUUCUGCCCCUGCCAUUAUCACGGUGGUGUUGAUGUUCAUAAUACCUGCCAACUGGAAGUGGUUAAACUAUUUCAAACUAAAACCAGCUGAGUUGCCAAAGGUGGCAACAACGGGUCUAAUAACGUGGCAAUUUAUAAACGAUAAAAUGCCUUGGAAGUUGAUGUUCCUCCUGGGAGGUGGCUUCGCACUGGCAGAAGGUGGAAGGGUUACUGGAAUGGCACAUAUGAUUGGCCAAUCGCUUUCUGUGUUGAAUGAAUUACCGGUGCUGGUGAUAUUGUUUAUAGCUCUGGUCGCAGCCCAUGGACUGACAGAGUUUGCGUCGAACGUUGCUAUUUGUAACAUUAUUCUACCAGUUCUAGCGGAAAUGUCUGUGGCUAUAGAGCUCCACCCUAUGUAUCUUAUGCUGCCGGCAGCUGUUACGUGCAGUUAUGCCUUCAUGCUUCCUGUUGGAACACCUCCCAAUGCUCUUGUCGUUGGAUUGGCCAAUAUUCAAUCUAAGGAUUUGAUGAUUGCUGGAGCUGGUGCUAAAGUUAUAACACUGCUUGUUACGUGGUCAAUUUUUCCUCUCCUGGGACCUUUGAUUUAUCCUGAAAUGAAUUCCUUUCCGGAGUGGGCCUGGUCAGACAAAAAUGCUACAGACGAUUUGAUGAAACAAUAUUGGCUCCGAUACGAUGAGUGAAGCUGAAG